UCCUGUGGACUUUAGUUUUAGUUUUAGUUCUCUUUUAGUUACAAGACAAGAAAAGAGUGAAGAAGCCAUUAGCUCCAAAUCUGGGGGCUUCUCUUUUCUCAAGAAUGAAAAAAAAAAAAACAAACAAAAAAAGAUCCUAUUAUGUGAAACUGCUGUUCCAUCUAAGUUGUCAUCCAUUAUUGUGUUAAAAGAUUUUUGGUAAAUAAAGCUUUUAUUUUUUAGUGGUCAUAGUUUCAAGUUCUUCCUUAUUAUUAUUGUGUUAGAAGAUUUUUGAUUGGGUAAUGGUUUGAAGUUCUUCCUUUUAUUUAUAUUUUUUGUGUUGAUGGGCUUUAUCAAAAGUGAUUGUAGCAUGCUGGUCAUUGUGGUGGGGAACUCAUAAACUGACAUAUGGUUGAAAUAUAAAAAAUUUGUAAAUUGGUAUGAAAUUGCAUUCUCAGUAAAUUAUGGGAAUGCAAUAUCAUCUUGCCUUAGAACAUAUGAUAGAAACAAAACAUUUUAACCACAACACAGACUUAAGAGAUUCAAUAAACUGUUCCCUAAUAAGCUGGAAAUAUUGGCUAAGACUUUAUGUUAUCUUUGUCUCCUCUUGGCAGAAUAGGCUUGCUAGUUCCUCAAGUAAUAUAUGUUAAAGAUUAGGAAAAUUAUAUAGUUCUUGUUCUUAUGUCAAUUGUGAAGGUGAUCAGUUUAUUUUCAUGUGUGGAUUCUUCUUGUUCUUGGUUUUCUUUCAUGAAUCAUUACGAAAACUCUAUGCUUGGACUCUUUGUCCCUUGUUUAGAUUGAGAAGUGGGUUUAAGGAAGUUUUGUUGGGAGCCGUCAUCAUUUUUAAACAUAUAGGGUAUAGUGGAUAAUAUAGAUGAAUAUUCAUACCUGUGGGAAAAGAAAAGUUUGCUAUUUUUAUGCUUUUAGUAUAAUGUAUAUUGGGACAAUUAUUUGCUAUUAUCUAUUUCUCAUACUCAACAAAUAUUGCUUUAGUAAGGAUGGGAAAGAAUGUGGGAAGUUCAUCAAAAGCUCCAGCGACAUGGAAUAACCAUAAUAUAUCCAUAUUAUGUGAUUUGUGCAUCAAGGAGGUGGAUGCCGGACGUCGUCCUGGCACUCAUUUUAAAAAAGAAUGAUGGGAAAAUUUGAGAGUCAACUUUAGUAAAGAGACAGGAAAUAAUUAUGAUAAAGGGCAAUUGAAAAAUAAGUGGGAUGCACUCAAAAUUGAGUGGAAAUUGUGGAAAGAACGCGUAGGCAAAGAAACUGGUCUAGGGUGGAAUUCGAGCAAAGGUACUGUUGAUGCAUCUGAUGAGUGGUGGAAUAAUAAAAUUCAGAUAAAUGCUGAAUAUGCAAAGUUACGUAAAAAAGGCAUUAAUCCUGAGAUGGAGGAGAAGCUAGAUAGGAUGUUCAUGAAUACCACGGCCACUGGUGAACAUGCUUGGGCACCUUCAUGUGGUAUACUCCCAUCAGAAACUGAAGAGGCAACCAUGGGUGAUGUUAUUCCACUCGAAGGAAGUGAUGACUCAGAUGAAAUAAUUCAAGCUAUCAAAAAUGCUACAAAGAAAGGGAAAAGGAGAGCACCUGAACAAUUGAAUAAAAAACAGCAAGAUAAGAAAGGAAGAAAAGUUGGAGGUGCUGAAAAACUAGCUGGCCAAAUUGACCGCCUUGUUGGUGUAGUUGAGAGUAGGAGCACAGCAACAUCAUUGAUGAUGAAAAUGCAACUGGGCAGUAGUAUUCCUGAAGUGAUGGAAGUUGUAUCAUCUCUACCUGGAUGUGAACCUACUAGCACUUUGUGGAUGUUUGCGACUCGAUUAUUUUUGAAUCAAGAGAAGCGAGAGAUGUUCUCUACCAUGAAGACUCCUAAUGUCAAGCUUGCAUGGCUAACUUAUGAAUUUAACAACCAAUAGGGCAGUUGACUUAUGACUUUGUUGUUUUUAUGUUGGUUGACUUGUGACUUUGUUGCGGUUAUGUUGUUUUGAUAAUUAGUUUGUUGUGCUUAUGUUGUUUGGAUAAUUCACUUUAUUGCAAUGAAUUAUUAUUUGGACUAAAUUUACAUCAUAUAUUAUGAUUAAUUGGGAG